AAAAAAACAGUUAAUAAUAAUAAAACAAGCUGCUGUUUCAAAUCGAUUAUUAUUUUAUUGUAAUGGCAACUGUUCAAAUAUCUUAUCCGAAUAAGAAUUCGAAACCGAAAAAAUCCCAUAUGAAAGUUAAAAUACCGCUUAAAUCAUUUAAAAUAUACUACCCUGAACCGUUCAUUCCGUCCAAUUUAAAUUGGUCAACCCUGCGCUUGUCAAUCGAAAAAUCGAAUUUGACAUGUCAAAUGUUGUGAUACAAAGGGGAAUUUGUUACUCGUACAAAGCGCACAUCAAUUUCACAAUUAUUGAUUUCGUGAGAAAAGUCUCACACAAUUUCGACGCUGUCAAAACUGUGAAUAUAUAAUAUUGUUUUUUUUUUGCGCCGAAAAAUCAUGAAUAAUCAAAAGUCGAGGCUGAAACGAAUUGACAUAAUCGCAUUAGAGUUCGGUGGGUAUGAGGUAGAGCACCAUCCUGCACCAUCCGAAGGUCAAAGCCGAAAACGAAAGCACAAUGCAAGUGGCAACAACAUUGAGUACGAUGCGCUAAAAAUUGCCGCGAUGAAACCUCUCGUACCAUUGAAAAAAUUGAGGCUCGACGAUAAUCAAAAUUCCAAGCUUAAAUCCAAGCUGACGCUAACCGAUAUGCCCUACGACAUUUUUGAGCCGAUCUUCAAACGCUUGAAUCUGAUCGAUCUCUUAAGCAUAGCUGAUGUCAGCAAAUAUGGAAGAAAAAUGGCCCAAAUUUAUUAUUGGUGGAAGUAUCGAAAGUCAACCGUUUGCAUAACCAGCCAUUUUACGACCAAUCAACGUAUGUACGACAUAAACGAUGGCGAAAUUGUGAUAAAAGAUUAUAAAACAACAGUCGAUCUAUUUCGAUGUUUUGGUAAAAUGGUUAAAUCACUUGAAGUGAUUAGUUUUCCGAAAUUUCAAUCGAUACUACAUCAUGUGAAAUAUAUCAUGAUGCUUCAUAAGAUAUCCGAAUGCCUAGAUCUUACAUUGACAAAACUUAAGAUUCAAGGUGACGAAAAAACGGUUCUAAGUGGUCUACGUACACAUUGGGCUUGGCAAUUAACAAUUAACGGAAAAGUAACGUAUGAUUGUUUGUUAAAUAAAUUAUUAUUAGAUCCACGGAAUGGAAACUAAUCCAACACAAUAUUAACCCAACACAUAUUUAAUCCAAAGAGAAAUGAUAUAGCUUAAGUAGGACCAUUUUGUUGAUACCAUGUAGGACCAGAUUGAGAAUUACACAAUUUGAUAGAUUAAAAUUCAUCCAAAGAAAGUAUUUUUCCAAAGCUCCAAUUUGUAAUUGUCAAAAAUUAUUAUAUCAAAUCAUCAUUCAACAAAGAUAAUCAUUCGAUAAGGAAAACAUUUUGUAUACAGUAGAAGAUUACGUAUGCUAAACAAUAAGUUUCAUGGGAAAAAUUGACAUAAAAAAUAGUGCAACACUAUUCAGGGAUUAAAAAAAUCCAAAAUUUCUUUGCAAAAAAAUUCAAAAAUAGAUCAAG